AUGGCGAAGAAAAACCAAACAGACGAGAAAUCACCCCCCGCCGGGAAGGGGGAUGCUGGGCCCGUAGAACGAAAACCCGCAUUCGCAGAUUACAUCCGAGUCUUCACCUACGCCUCAAGAUGGGAUUUCAUAGUAUACGUUAUCGCGGCCGUUGCCUCCCUCGGCGCCGGCGUCACCCUCCCGCUCAUGAACAUCCUCUUUGGCCAGCUCGUCGGGCAGUUUACAGAGUUCUUCCAGCCCAACUCGACCCUCACCACCUCCGACUUUGAGCACCUCCUGAACCGCCAAGCGCUGCUCAUCAUGGCCCUCUUCCUGGGUCGCUGGCUGCUCAACUCAAUCAACAAGUUCUGCUUCCGCAUGAUUGGCAUCCGGCUCUCGUCGGCGGUGCGCCUGCACUACGUCCAGUCGCUCUUUGCGCAGUCGAUCCACACCAUCGACUCGAUGGCGCCCGGGGCGCCUGCGACGGCCAUCACGACGACCUCGACCACGCUGCAGAUCGGCAUCUCUGAGCGUCUGGGAACGUUUCUGCAGUUUACCGGGACAAUCUUGACGGCUCUGAUCAUCGCUUUCAUCUGGAGUUGGGAUCUGACCCUGGUUACGUCCUCAUUGCUGCUGUACAUCACGCUAAUUCUCGCAAUCGUGUUGCCGAGGGUGGUCAAGGGGCAGACGGAGACGCUAGUGGCAGACAUGCAGGGCACCGCUGUCGCCAGCGAGGCUCUUGGAGGGAUCCGACUGGUCAUGGCCUGCGGCGCGCAGAAGCGUGUCAUUGAGACGUACGACGGAUGGGUGCGGAAGGCGAAGGAGCGGGCUCAGAAGACGGCGCCCAUUGUGGCUGCUCAGUUUGGGUUAAUCUUCUUUGGCAUGUUCGGUGCUUACGGCCUGGCAUUCUGGUACGGCACGCAGCGCUUCAUUGCCGGGGCGUUGAAUAACGCCGGUGUCGUCUUCGUCGUGCUGAUGUCAGUCAUGAUGAUCCUCACCUCGAUGGAGCGCAUCUCGACGCCGCUGAUGGCCGUCAGCAAGGCCAUGGUCGCAGCUUGCGAGCUGUUCACCGUGAUUGACGCGCCGCUGCCGCCGUCCGGAAAUCUCAAGCCCGAAAUCGACUCGCACGACAUCAUCUUUGAGGACGUGGUAUUUGGGUACCCCACCAGGCCCGGCAUCACCGUGCUGAACGAGCUGAACUUCCGUAUUCACCCAGGCGAGAACAUUGCGCUUGUCGGGCCGUCGGGCUCGGGUAAGAGCACGAUUGUGGGACUUCUCGAGCGGUGGUACUCUUUGCGGGAGCAACCUGCAGUGCCCAAGGUGAACCUGAUGCCUCAAGCCGCAGGCAAGGCGGCUGGUGAGAAGGUACCUGAGGUUACGCGACCAUCUGGGCGCAUCCGUGUCGGCGGCGUCGAUUUGGAGGAUUGCGACCUCCAGUGGUGGAGGUCACAGGUCGGUUUGGUUCAACAGGAGCCCUUCCUCUUCAACGACACCAUCUUCGGCAACGUCGCAAACGGUCUUAUCGGGACCGGUUUGGAGAACGAGAGCGAGGAGCGCAGGAGGCAGCUUGUCCAGGAUGCUUGCGAGGAGGCCUAUGCCCACGAGUUCAUCUGCAGGCUUCCGGACGGAUACGACACGAAGGUCGGCGAUGGCGGCGCCAAGCUCUCGGGAGGCCAAAAGCAAAGACUCGCCAUCGCGAGGAGUAUCAUCAAGCAGCCGCGCAUCAUCAUCCUUGACGAAGCAACGAGCGCAAUCGAUGCAAAGUCCGAGAAGGUCGUUCAGGCCGCACUCGACAGGGUCACCAAGGGCCGCACCACAAUCACCAUUGCCCACCGCCUCUCAACAAUCCAAAAGGCGGACCACAUCGUCGUGCUGCAACAGGGUCAAGCUGUCGAGCAAGGCACGCACCAGAGUCUCAUGGCCAACAAGUACGGCGUCUACCGCGGGCUGGUCAACGCCCAGGCUCUGAACCUGUCGGACCCCAAUGACGAGAAGGCGAACCCCAAACUCGUGGAGUUUGACGACGCCUCGACGGAGAAGACAUACGCCAACUCGAGCAAGCACGGUGGUCCCCCAAGCAUCCUCAGCGACCGAGAGGUCGUCAAACGCAAGCCGCGAGGUAUCAUCUGGAGCUUCGGCAAGCUCAUGUGGAUCCAGCGCGACAAGUGGCCUUCGUACCUCGGCAUCACGAUCUCCGCGAUGGCGGUGGCAUCGGGCACCCCGAUCCAGGCCUGGCUCUUUGCCAAGGUGAUCAACGUCUUCCUCCUCCCCAGCGACGAGUUGAAGAAGGAAGCCAACUUCUGGGGUCUCAUGUGGAUGGUCCUCGCCAUAUGCAUCGGCAUCGCGUGGGCGUGUGAGGGCUGGAUCGGACUGCACACACAGUACUUCAUCAGCGCCGUGUACAAGAAGCAGUACCUGACCGACAUGCUGCACCAGAAUAUCAGUUUCUUCGACGAUGACGAGAAUUCCCACGGGGCUCUGAGCUCGAGGGUCGGCGGCGACGCUAAGCAGCUCGAGGAGCUCCUCGGACUGAACCUCGCUCUCCUGCUGUCAGGCCUCUUCACCGUCGCCGGAGCUGUGCUCAUCGCACUCCUCUACUCGCCCAAGCUAGGCCUCAUAGCGAUGUUUGUCUGCUUGCCUGUCAUGCUGGGCACCGGUCUCUGGAAGUACAGGCAGGAAGUGCAGUUUGACCAAAUGAACUCGACGGUGUUCAUGGAAAGCUCGCAGUUCGCCACCGAGGCCAUCGGGGCUAUCCGCACCGUCUCUGCUCUCACCAUGGAACCGUCAAUCAAAGAGCGGUAUGAGAAGCUUCUGAACCAACACAUCGACGCGGCAAAGCGCAAAGCACAGUGGACCUCUGUGUUGUACGGGUUCGCAGACAGCGCCGGCAUGGGAUGUCAGGCGCUCGUGUUCUGGUACGGCGGCAGACUCCUGGCCAAGGGCGAGUACACCAUGGAGGCCUUCUUCAUCUGCCUCAUGGCCAUCAUCCAAGGCGCCGAGUCGGCAAGUCAAGCCCUUUCGGUGGCGCCCAGCGCCGCGCAGGCUGCCGCCGCCGCGGACCGCAUUCUCGAUGUCCAAGAGUCGGCCGUCGGCGGCAACUCCGGCAUCCGCCACGGCGACGAGAUCUCCAAGUCGCAAGGCGGCGUGCGCAUCGAGCUGCGCGACGUGCAUUUCAAGUACCCCACGCGCGACGUCGUCGUCUUCGACGGCCUGAACCUGACCAUCGAAAAGGGGCAGUACGCGGCCUUCGUCGGGCCGUCCGGGUGCGGCAAGACGACCAUCAUCUCCCUCCUGGAGCGGUUCUACGACGUCGAGCCCAACCGCGGCGAGGUCCUCUGCAACGGCAUCAACGUCAACCACAUGAACGUCUACAACUACCGCCGCAACCUCUCCCUCGUGCCGCAGGAGCCCAUCAUGUUCCGCGGCACGAUCCGCGACAACGUCCUCUUCGGCAUCUCAGAGCCCGCCCUCAUCUCGGAGCAGCGCAUUCACGACGCCUGCCGCGAGGCCUUCAUCCAUGACUUCAUCGCCUCCCUGCCCGAGGGUUACGACACCCAAGUCGGGCAGAAGGGCGUCUCCAUGUCCGGCGGCCAGAAGCAGCGCAUCGCCAUUGCCCGCGCUCUGAUACGCGACCCCAAGCUGCUUCUGCUCGACGAGGCGACGUCGGCGCUGGACUCGGAGUCGGAGAAGAUCGUCCAGGCCGCCUUUGAGAGGGCGCGCCAAGGGCGGACAAUGGUCGCUGUUGCGCACCGGCUGUCGACGAUCCAGACCGCGGAUGUCAUCUUCGUCUUCAGUGAAGGCUGCGUGGUGGAAAAGGGAACCCACAAGGAGCUGCUUCGGAAGAAGGGCGUGUACUGGGAGAUGUGCCAGAGUCAGGCUUUGGAUCAGUAG